GGUUUAUUCAGAGGGCAGAUGCCCUGGUGUGUAUAUAUAUAUUCCAACUCACCAGGGGCGAAUAAAACCCCAAAACAAAAUCAGCCAUCAAUCACACUUAUCAAUGGCCGAAGAAGAAGAUAUAUUGAUCGAAAUCGAAGCUGCAGAAUCCGUUUACGGCGACGAUUGUGUUGUUCUGUCACAGUAUCCUCCGCAUCUCAACCUUCUUAUUAAACCCAGAACCGCCGAUGUUUCCUCUCAUCAGUUUGUGGAAGCAGUUAUAGGGAUACAGGCAACUUCCAAGUAUCCUGAUGAGCCACCAGACAUCAUGAUUAUAGAUUCCAAAGGUCUCGAUGAACAAAGACAAAAGCGUCUCAUAUCCAAUAUCCAUAACAAGGCCUGUGAACUCUCUUCAAGUUCAAUGCUUGUCGCACUUUGUGAGGAAGCAGUGGAGCAGCUCACUAGCAUGAAUCACCCCGAUGGAGAUUGUCCCUUGUGUUUAUCUUCUUUGGUUGAAGAGGGGGCAUCAAAUAGCACUCUACCAUUUAUGAAGUUAAUGUCUUGUUUCCAUUGCUUCCAUUGUGAAUGUAUUAUAAGGUGGUGGAACUGGCUUCAGAUGCAUAAAGAAGCCGAUCGUGCUUCUUCAUCUGGCCGAACUGCACAUAAAAACACGGAAGAUGGACAUGGUACUUGUCCAGUUUGUCGUAAGGUGUUCCAUACCAAGGACAUUGAACAUGUGCUUGACUUGGUGGGGUCAUAUUCUCAGUUGAAUCUUGAGGACUCGGAAAUUUUAGAAAGCGACGUGCUUCUUCACUCAAAUUCAGAAAACACAAGGAGACAGAAGUUUGAGGCCAUACUGAAGCUUCAGCAGGAGAACAAUGGCUUGAUUGAGCCAAAAAAGACUGAGGUUUUGAUGCCUGGUAUGUACCUUCCCUGUCCUGUAGUCACCCCCACCACCGCCUUGGACAAAGACACAACCACCACCACUGGUGUGGACCAAGACACCUCUAAUGGUUUACAGACUACUGAAUCUAAAGCUGAUAGGGGGAGUAGUAGUAUCAGUAGAAACUCGCGGCCAAAAAGCAAGUAUAGGGGAAGAAACUCAAGAACUACCACCACUGGCUCAGAAAAAGACAACGCCACCACUGCUGGCCUGGACAAAGACACUGUCAAUGGUGAACAGACAACUGAACCUAAAGGAGAUAGGGAGAGUAGCAGUAACCUGAGAAACUCAGGACCAAGAAGCAAGUAUAGAGGAAGAAACUCAAGGACCACCACCACUGGCUCAGACAAAGACAACGCCACCACUGCUAGGCUGGACAAAGACACCGCCAUCACUGCUAGCCUGGAUGAAAACUUUGUCAAUGGUGAACAGACAUCUGAACCUAAAGGAGAUAGGGCGAGUAGUAGUAACCUGAGAAACUCAGGACCAAGAAGCAAGUAUAGAGGAAGAAACUCAAGAACCACCACCACUGGCUCAGACAAAGACAACGCCACCACUGCUGGGCUGGACAAAGACACCGCCAUCACUGCUAGCCUGGACAAAGACGUUGUCAAUGGUGAACAGACAACUGAAUCUAAAGGAGAUAGGGCGAGUAGCAGUAACCCUAGAAACUCAGGGCCAAGAAGCAAGUAUAGAGAAAGAAACUCAACAACUCAAGUUAAUAGACAAUGGAUUAUUAGAGAAACUGGAAAUGCUCAGUGAAAGGUUAAUUUUAGCCUAUGAAGGUGAACUGCAAUAUUUUCCGGAUAGUCAACAUUUUGACCUCUGUUUGGUUGUCAAGGAGAUUAUCAUUUCAUUUCAUUCCAUUCCAUGUCAUGUUGGCGGUGUAAUUUUGUUUCAGUUUGAUUGAAGUACUGUAGGAUUUGGGACCUAUUUAAGCUCCCGAGUUCACUUGUGGAGAGAAGCGAGAUGUGAUUUUGAUUGUACUUAUGAAAAAUGGAUGAGGUUUCCCUAUUUAAGGUUAACAACCUCAAGAAUAUAGUUAGCAGGAUUUAAACCUAAAUCAUCUUGCAAAGAUGAUGGUUGAAUUUACUUACGGAGUGAAGCAGAAUGAAAAAAAAAUUAUUUUCUUAAA